AAUAGUACAACGAAAACAAGCAAGCGUCCAUUUUCUUUCUCCUGUAGCUUCUGUAUCUUGAGUCAGUUUUUAAAAGAAAUCUAAUUAUAAUUUAUAAAUGGCGAAGACAUAAAGCCAUCCUAGAGUUUGAAGAAGUACAUGGUAGGUAACAAUAUCUGCAUGUUCCGCUCGUGACAAGAAUCAGAUGAUGAUUGAUCAUAUGAAGAUUUCCCGCGAUCCUAUCAUGACAAGGUCUAUUACCAAACAUUCGUAACACGACGCUGCCUCAGCAUUGCGUCUGAUAAGACCAGUUCUCUGACGGUCUUUUCUGGUCUUUUUGUUGUGUUUGUUAAUCUUUGAAGGACAUGGUUCGAGCCAAUACUUUGGCCACCCAGGAGGGUGCAAAGACCCCUCAUCGCAUUGAGUUAUGUGAGCACCAGCCUGUCAGACCUACCCGCACCUAUAGAAAGCGCAGGAUUAUAGCUGCCAUACCCACUAAGACUGAGAAUGGAGAAGUGAAAUCUGAACCAAAAAUAAAGAAAAUUGAUGUUAAAUCCAAACCACUGAAUAAUUGUAACGGGUGCACAAACAUGACCAACGGACUCGGUGUGCGUUCCCGAGCAGCUCGGGCCGCCGCCCGCGCCGCAGAGAGCCACAAACUAACUGAAUAUUUUAAGGAGGAACUGAAGAGUCCUAAGGUGGAACGUCCGCCAACACCCAAAGAUAUAGAAAAGACUGUCAAAGUAGAACCUAAAAUCACAAAUGGAAAUUCAAACCAUAAGCUUACGGAGUAUUUCCCUGUGAGACGUAGUGUACGGAAGACUUCAAAAUGUAUGAUGGCAGAGAAGAUGAGAGAUUUGGAACGAGCUGUGAGAGAACAGAGAGAAGACGGGCUAGCGGUGGCAUAUUUCGAAGGCAAAGGGCGCGGCAUAAUCGCGACGCGUCCGUUUUGCCGCGGCAGCUUCGUGGUGGAGUACUCGGGGGAGCUGGUGGGCGUGCAGGAGGCCCGCGAGCGCGAGCACAUGUACGCGCAGGACCCGGAGGCCGGCUGCUAUAUGUACUACUUCAGGCUGCAGGACCAACAGUAUUGUAUCGACGCCACAGCAGAAUCCGGCCGGCUGGGCCGCCUCGUGAACCACUCCCGCACGGGCAACCUGCACACGAAGGCGCUGUGGGUGGACCGGCCGCGGCUCGUGCUGCUGGCCGCGCAGGACAUCGCGCCCGGCGAGGAGCUCACCUACGACUACGGCGACCGCUCCAAGGAGUCGCUGCAGCACCACCCCUGGCUCGCGCUCUGACGUGUGACCGGUAUGUUUCCAGAAAUCUCCGGUGGACUACUGAACGUUAUUUAUUGAUUUAGCUUAAUUGUGAAGUUUUCUGUUAUGACGCUUUGUUUGAAGUUGGACAUAAUAUUCAAUGUUGUUAAGUAUUAAGACGAGUGGCCUAACUACCUGAAUUGACGAGUUUAGAAUCUAUGCUGGAAUUGCUGGAUGUCU